AUGAGCGUAUAUUCUUUAAGUCCAAGAAGCUAAAUUGAUUAAAACCUUUUUUCAUAGAUUACUCCUCGCAUUAAUGAUCCAUCGUUAUAAAAUUUAACUAUAGACCAAUGUAUUAUUAGAUAAUAAACUUAGAACAAUAUUUAGAUAAUUUUAAACCAUUUAAGAAACUGCCUGUUCUUUUUAAACAGGAACAGAUUAAAAUUGAAUGCAAUGAAAAAAUAAAUUUUGAAAAUGCAAGUUAUCAAGAUCAAAAUGAACUUCCGAGAUCACAAGCAUGUUCUGUAAUGACAGAAAAAGGAGGAAAAAGUAUUUUCCAAAUUAUAAAAAUAAAUAAUCUGGUAAAAAGGUUUAAAACCAUUUUGCUUUCUAGAAGCUAUAUUCUUUCCUAAAGUUAGAAGGAAAAAUUAAAGAAUAAUCUCUUCUAUCAAGAAAAAUAUAUUUAAGACAAAAAAGAUAAUUCAAACAAUAUACUUUCAUUCGUUAUUGAUCCGACAAAUAAAUUUAUAAUUUUAUGGGAUAUAAUCAUGUUUUUUAUGACCUUAAGCUUAAUUAUAGUGAUACCUUUUUUUUGGAGCUUUGAUUAAUAAUACCCAAUUCUAAAAAUCUAAGAAAUGUGGUCAUUUUUGAUAUUUUUUUUACUUGAUAUCAUUCUGAAGUUAAACAUAGCCAUUAUAAAAAAAGGGAAUGUAAUAUAUAUACUUUAAUAUAAAGAUUAUCAAAGCAAGAAAAAGUAUAAUGAAAAAAUAUUUACAGACAUCCUUUAUUUUGGAUUUAUCCUUUCUUUUUUUAGUUUAUUAUACAGUAAACUUAGAAAGCAUAUUAAUAUUUAUUUCAUAUUGUGCUAUUAGCUUAAUCAAACUUUAAAAAGUAAUUAGUAAAAUAGUUAAAUUAUUAAAUCUUUCAGUCAUUCAAAGAGAAAUCAUAAGUCUCAUCAACCUUGUUAUAACUAUUAAUCUUAUUGCCCAUUUUAUGGCAUGUAUUUGGCAUUAUAUAGGUAUGACAACUAUGGAAAAUGAGAAAAAUAGCUGGAUUCUAGAGAAAAAUCUUCAAAAUGAUACAAAACAAGUUAGAUAUAUUUUUUCCUACUAUUGGGCUAUUGUAACAAUGAUUACUGUUGGAUAUGGAGAUAUUAUACCAUAGAAUCAUGUAGAGGCUUUUAGUUGUAUAUUUCUAAUGCUUUUAUCAUGUGCUGUUUUUACAUUUUCUCUUAAUUAAGUUGGAACUAUAGUGUAGAAUAUUAACAAACAAAAAAGACAAUUUUAGUAAUUAAGAUUUAAAUUUUUUUUAGAGAGAUGCUGAGAAUUUUGACUUCUUAUAUGAAAUAACACUCAAUUCCAGAUCAAUUAUAAAGUAGAGCAAGAAGUUAUUUAGAAUAUAGAUGUAUCAAAAGAAAUUAGUAAUCAAAAUAUCAUGUAAUCAACUUAUUUUUAAUUUAAGUUAUAAAGCAUUCUUGAAUAAUUAUCUUCAUUUUUAUAGCAAGAAUUAAUGCUUAAUGUUUUUAAAAAUUUACUUUAGGAUUGCAAAAUCAUAUCUCAUAAUUUUAGUGAAGAUACAAUAAAGAAAAUGUCAAGCUCCCUUUAAACUGCUUACUACUGUCCCGAUGAAUACAUAUAUCUUUAAAAUUCUAUUGAAGAUAAUUAUUUAUAUUUUUUAGAUUAUGGAAAGGUUGAAAUUUAUGAAGAGAAAUCUUAAUAAAAAGUAGCAGAGCUUUAAAAAGGGAAAUAUUUUGGAGAAGAAUCGUUUUUUACUUAACAACCUCGGAAAUUUUCAGCUAUAAGUCGUAGCUUUACAAAAGUAUUUAGGAUUUCUUAAACUUCAUUUAUGAGCUUACUUAAUUAGGAGGAACAUGAAGUUUAUCAUUAAAUCAAGCAUUUAUUCUUAUUUAAGGCUUAUUUUCAUGGUCAAAAAUGCCAAAUAUGUCAUCAAACUGAUCAUUAAAUAGAGGAUUGUAAAUUGUUGAAUUAUAAACCAGAUAUUGAAAAAUUGAUUUUAAAGGAUAAUUAAAAAAUUUAAAAUAGGUCAAGAAUAAUAAGAAGUAAUAAAAGGUCUUACAAAGCCCUGAAAAUACAACAUGUAUCUUAUUCAUAUUUAAUAAGAACUUAAAAUUAGUUCAAAAAUCCUUAGAAUAGAGUUAUGGAUGGGAAGAUAUUUUAUAUGAUGAAGAGGAAAAUUUACACUUAAAAACAGAAGAUGUAGAGUUGAUAAAUUAAGAAUCUCCUGUUUCUAAAAGAAAAGAGAGUUAUCCUAAAUAAAGUGAUUCUUCUCCAAGAGAUAAAAUAAUUUCUCAUGAUUCUUCAUCAAAAGGAGAUAAAUUAAUUUCUCAUGAUUCUAACAAAAGAAUUUAAUUUUAAAAAUAUGAUGGAUUAACAAAGAGUAAAUAAUUUUAAGCACCUUAAUAAUUAAUUUAAACAAGUGAGACUGAAAUAAAAUAAAAUUAUGGUCCUACUGAUUAAAGAACAUAAUUAGGUUAAAUUACAGUUUCUUGUAAUUACUAAAUUGCAGGAUUUGAAAAAGCUAUGGAAUUCAAAAGCUUUUUCCCACAAUUUAAUCUUCAUGUAUUAAUUUUGGAUUAUAAUAAAAAAGUAAAAAUCUUAAAUAAAACAUCAAAAAGUAUUUAUUAACUCUUUAACCAUUAAAUUAAAAAAAGAACAUCAGUAAGAAAAGAUAGAAGCUCUAAAUAUCUUCAAAUGCAUUGA